AUGCCGCAGCUGCCGGACAAGGUGCUGGAGGUGUACCGCGGUGUCGGGCUGCUGCUCAAGACGUACCGCUCGGGCAAGCUGCCAAAGGCCUUCAAGAUAGUGCCGCGGCUGGCCAACUGGGAGGAGGUGCUCUACGUGACCGAGCCGCAUCUCUGGUCGCCGGUGGCGACGCGCGAGGCGACCAAGCUCUUCGCCUCCAACAUGAACGCGCGCAUGGCGCAGCGCUUCUUCAACACGGUGCUGCUGCCGGCGGUGCAGGACGACGUGCGCGAGCACGGCAAGCUCAACUUCCACCUCUACCUCGCGGUCAAGAAGGCGCUGUACAAGCCCGCCGCCUUCUUCAAGGGCAUCCUGCUGCCGCUCGGAGAGGAGGGCGGCUGCGCGCUGCGCGAGGCCCUCAUCGUCUCGUCGGUGCUCGCAAAGGUGUCGGUGCCGAUGCUGCACUCGGCCGUCGCGAUCCUCAAGCUGUCCGAGAUGCCGUACUCGCCCGCGAACGCGCUCUUCCUGCGGACGCUGCUGCUCAAAAAGUACGCGCUGCCGUACCGCGUCGUGGACGCGCUGGUCGCCUACUUCGUCUCCUUCGCGGCCGACUCGUCCGUGCCCACGCUGCUCUGGCAGCAGUGCCUGCUCGCCUUUGCGCAGCACUACAAGACCGAGGUGACCGCCGAGCAGAAGGAGGCGCUGCGCGACCUGCUGCGCGCGCAGCCGCACCCAAAGGUGACGCCCGAGAUCCGGCGCGAGCUCUUCUCCAGCCGCAGCCGCGGCGACCCGUACCUCGCGCCGAUGGCGGCCGACGCCGCCGAUGCUCCGAUGGACUUGCUCGGCUGA